GAAGUACGAAGUACAAGCAAUAUUUUGUGGAACAGGUUUGUGGAACAAGUUUGUGGAACGCCUUAAUUAAACCGGCGAUAAGAGACACACCUGACAGCUGAAUAUAUCGGUAGCUGCAACGUUACCUACAUUCAUGCAAUGUUCAUUCUUCAAUAAUCAGUUUCUACACCUCAACCAAUAAAAUAUGACAAUGAUACCCAGAUUUCAACUGCUACUCUCAAGGAUCAACAGUCAUCAUGGACAGCAGUGUGUCCUAUACAAUCUGGGGAAGACAUUUCCCUUACAAAACCCCUCACAUCCAGUAAUGGCUACCUUUUCUACAACACAGUGCAUUGAACGUACCAAACCAAGGCUGUGGAAAGAGAACUGCAUUCACGUUUCACAAUUCAAAGUUGAUGUAAUGCAAAGGGUCUGGAAAGAUUUCAGGCGAUUUUCCAGUACCAAAGAAGUGACUGUGGAGAAGAAACUGAGGCACUUUAUGGACAUGUGGGAGAUGGAAAAAGCAGUCCAGUUAUUAAGAGAUUCUGUAGAUGAUGGAGUCUUACCUCAUCAGAACAUUGUCCUCAACCUCCUCCAGCAGUUGGCAAAUCUGGGUGAGACAGAAUGUCUUCUUGACCUCCAUGAAUUCCUCACUGAGAAAAAACUGGUAACAGAUGCUAAAUUUUUCAACGCUUUAAAAGACGCUUAUUAUUACAGUGGGAGGCUUGACGAGGGCGUUGGUGUGCUGAGAAUUCUUUUUCAUCGAACUCGCAAGUUUCGUAAUGUCGAGAUUUUCUUCUGUUUACUGGCUGUGAUGGUUAUCCGACAUUUCCCACAUCGGAUAGAUCUAAUUGAGGGGUUUGUGACUGAUUUGAAAGAGUUUCAAACUCCUGUUAUCGAACCUGUGGCAUCGCUAUGGAAGUGUUACAUAUUGACAGGAAUGUUUGAAAAAGCUGAUCAAGUUCUAGCAGAGAAUGAAGAGAUAAAAUCUCACAUACCGCAGAUGGUGUCUGAUAUAUGUUCAAGGUAUAACAAGAUCGAGGCAGACUAUGACACAGUGCUUCACCAUCUGAAGGACAGCCCUCUCAUCUCAGCCAGACUGAGAACAGCCUUGUUCACUGAACAUGCGGAAGUAUUAUGCAGCUUGGAUAAACACGAUGAAGCGAUGGAUGUACUGAGUGAAGCAAUGACCCAGGGUAUGACCCCAGCAACGGGGAGACUGACCAUCAUCCUGACCCAGCUGAUGGAGCGGGUCCAAGACAAGGACAAGUCUGACAGGCUUGCCUCCUUGCUGCAGUGGUGUGAUCAGCUGGAAGGCGCCAAGUGACUGCUUUUGGCACAAAAUAAUUAAUAAGGAACUUGUCAGUGCCAGUUGAAAUUGGGAGUCCAAGCAGGCUUAAUUCAAUCUGCUGGAACACCAAUGUCUUUUAUGAUGUGUAUAGAUCAAUCAGCUAAUGAUCAUCAUGCAGGUGAUGUUCAUUAAAUGGGUUUUAUAACAUGUAUAAUAGUGGUGUAACAAUAUGGCGAUUCAGUAUUGCAUUGUGAUACGAGGCCCACGAUAUAAUUCAUCUAUUCACAACCCCUGUAUCGCUUUACAUAAGAUACAUUUCAUUACAAGUCAUAUUGGUGUAAAAACCUGUGCUUAAUAACAGAAACUGUUCUACCAACAGCUUACGGGGAUGUCGGGUAGCCCAGUGGUUAAAGCGUUCGCUCGUCACGCCGAAGACCCGGAUUCGAUUCCCGACAUGGGUAUAAUGUGUGAAGCCCAUUUCUGGUGGCCCCCGCCGUGAUAUUGCUGGAAUAUUGCUAAAAGCAGCGUAAAACCAUACUCACUCACUCACCAACAGCUUAUGCAGAUUAUCUCGUAUUUCAUGGUUGGAUAUAAAUAGCAUGACAUUCACAGCGUCCUCUACCAAUAUGUUUCUGCCCCACAAUUAUAUCAUCUUUGAUCUCUGAAAUUUUAUUACAAAUGAUUCAGGGUUGUGAUUCACUUGCAAAAAGAAAGAAUAUCAACUUGUGAAAUAAAAGUGCUGUAUUGUGAUACGAAUUGUAUAGCACCCAUAGUACCGGGAUACGUAUCAUAUCGCAACCAUACCAUAUCGUUACACCUCAAAUGUAUAUGUUCACCUACCAGACAUAACAAAAUAUUCACAUGACAUUUUGAAAUUAAGAACACAAAAUCUGAAUUGUCUUUUAUAUAUAUUUUCCGAACCUACU